CCUUCUUGCACCAUUAUUAUUAUUAUUAUUAUUAUUAUUAUUAUUAUUAUUACUCCAUUCAGCCACACACAUACAGACACCCAUACCUCCCAUGUUUCCUUCAGUAGCCGCCAUUACCCCCUUACCCUCCUAACUCCUUCACAUUUGUAACACACACAAACCCACACAUACUGAGACAGAGAGAAAAGAAAGGAAAGAGAGAAAAGAGGGCUGAACGGAGAAGAAGGAAGGGAGGGGGACGACCGCCGCCGACGCGUCUUGCCAUAGCCACCGCCACCGAGCUGCCGGACUGAGCUAAGAAGGAGAAGAGGCCGCUGUUGUCAUCGAGCUUGAUGUCGUCCAUAGCCGCCGCCGUUGUGCUCCAGCUUGUCGCCACCAUCGCGGACCGCCGCUGCCACCGCGCCACUCAUCACCGUCGCAAGGAAGGCCAGGAUCGAGGGAGAGAGUCGCGCGAGGAGUUGCCGUCGCCGCCGUUCGCGAGAGAGAGAGAGACGCGCUGCGCGGGAGUUGCCGUCGUGGGGUGUGUUGCCGUUGAGAAGCCGUCGCUGCCAGAUCCGCCGCUGGCGGAGCUUCUGUCCGAGUCCUGCCGCCGGAGAACACCUCUGCCGCCAUUGAGAUCUGUCGCCGAUAAGUCACCGUUGCCGGAGUUCUGGUCGUUGCUUCCGUUCGAGGUGGCUGCCGGAGCUGCCGCCAAACUGGUUCAGCGACCGCCGCUGUUUCAUUUUCUUAGUUCGGGUCAUGUUUUGAGCGUCGUAUGUCGCUCUUAAGUUGCUGUGAGUGCUGCGAAAGUGAUCAGGGACUGAGUUUGUGGUUGCUGUUGGUUUCGGGUUAAGAGAAAUGGUUUCGUUGACGCAUUUUGAGUUAUGGUUUCGACGAGUCAAGCUUUACCUUUUCAGGAACCGGAUGAAGAAGCAUUAAGAAGUGUCAUACUG